UGUGGCAGUAACUGGAGAGACCCCAUUCGCGAUACAAGUGUCGGUUUGCCAGCAAGCCAGUCCGCCAGCUCGAAGCUCUCUGUACUCGGUCAAUUCCUUUUUUUUCUCGGUCAAGAGCAUGGCGGCCAGCUGCUGAACAAAAGGUUUUUCCGAGUCCUCCGAGUUUCCGUCGCCGUGUUCUGAAAUUUCAUUUUCCGUCGAGUUGAUUGAGUUGUGUAACUAUUUGAAGUGAAUAUUUUUUUUGGUGUUUUGUGGAUUGGAAAGCGGGGGAUUUAAGCAUCGCUGCGGAAAAUCAGUGAAAUACGGAUUGGGGGUUGCAAAUCACUUGUCAAUCAGUGCCAUAGCAAUGCCUGAAUGGAACCAAACGGAAGCUCCAAUCGAGAAGAAUCAGAGUUAACAGUCGCUGUUAAAGACAUAAAGAAGUUCGCCUCGAUGGUUCAAAUUGAGCACGAUUGAAGAACACUGUUCCGCAUUUUUUUGAUACUCAUGGAGAUAAACUAACAGCAGUCGUUCCAGUAAAAAUAAUUCCGAGAAAAUGUAAAAUCGUCGGCCACCGUUUUCUGUGUGAGUGAUUUGUUUUCGUGAACUUGCUGUUACCGUCGUGAACUUUACCGGAGAUUGUGUGAGUGAAACCGUCAGAAGCGGAAAAAGUCGGAAAACGAAAGAAAAACAAACAAACAGAACGCGCUUUCCCCGACUUACAAACCCCCUAAAAGGAAGUGCACUGGUGUUGGUGUUAGUGUGUGGUGAAUUUCCUUAGUGGGGUGGUGGGCCGGUGCAAGGCAUCGAUGACGGGCGAAGCGAUGACGUCACGUGUAUCAGCUGUUGGUGGAAAUUCGGUCGUCGCGCCCCAUCUGCAGCCACCCAAUGCAAACCACCCGGUCCAGGCCCUGCGCACCGAUGACAUCGAGGUGCAGGUUAUCGAGCAGGGCACCGAGCUGCAUACCAACGAGCGAAAGACUGUGGCACAACACAAUACAACCAGCACCACGGCUGGCAAGCAAGGCGCCUCCAAGGCAGCACUUUUUCCCGUCGCCUCAACGGGAGCUCUACAACUAUUAACAGCGGCCCCAUCCCAACCGUCAGCAGGGCCAACAUCUUCAACGGGACCUUCCUCCUCGUCCAAUCCCGCCACUGCCAACGGAGGCCGACCCUCACUGAAGAAUCCGGUCGGAUGGGUUUGCUGUGCACCAUGCAUUUGGCUGCGGGGUUCUUCGGCCGUGCACAAAAUGGCCAUUACGGCUGCCACACUUCUGGUAACGUCCCUCCUGGUGGCUUCGCCCAUCCUGUUUCUCAUCUCGGCAGCCCCCUCCCAGCUACCCAAGGAUUGCCACGUGACAGAGGACGAUGAUUGCCACCCGACGCCUGCCCCUCCACCGGAGUGUUCCGAUCCGAUUUGUAGGGCAGCGGCCAUCAGCAUACAGACCCGCAUGAACUGGGACGUGGAACCGUGCCGGGAGUUUAAGAACUACAGCUGUUCGCCGUUGGACAGCAGCAAUAGCCUGCGGGCCGUCAAGAGUCCACAGGAGAUUGCCGACAUCCAGAUGCAGCAGCUCCUUUCACUGAACACCACCUCGGGCAUAUUUAGGAAACUGGGUCGCCUCUAUGGGAGCUGCCUGCGGCAAACGCUCAACGAUUCCACCAUCAAGAUGCGCCUGGACAAACUCGGUGGCUAUCUGCAAAUUGGCUCCGUUGGCCCCCAGAGCAUAUCGCCGCUGAUAGCGAAAAUCCAGUCCAUUGGCCCGAUGCCAAUCAUCGGCAUCUACUACGAUCUGAGCUACGGGCGAAAACCGCAGACGCUGCUCAUAAUUGAUGGCCCCACGACAUCGGCGCAAAUCCUGGCGAAUCCCGUCCGAUGGCAGGGCCCCAAAGCGGCCCCCAAUGACGUCACCGAGGACGUGCCGGAGCUUCUGGACGAGUUGAUGAAUGUAUUUCUGCCGCCGGGACUGAGCGCGGAGCAGAGGCAGUCGGAAAAAAGUGUUAUAUUUAGCUUCGUGAGGGAUUUGAAUCAGAUUCGGCGGGACUAUGUCCAGAAGGAUUUCACCAACAGUUACGUUCUGAAUAAUGUAACGGCGCUAAUGAGCACCCAUCCAUUCUUGCUGUGGCAGGACCUCCUUCCAGCCAACUGGACCGGCCCGAUAGUGGUCCGUAGUCCGGCUUAUCUGGAACAUCUGCGGAGGUUACUCCUGGCGCAUCAGAACCGUGUUAUCCACAAUGCGCUGCUGUUGUUGUUCGCCCUAAAUACGCUUCCGCCGGGAAGGCCCUCCCCUCUGGUCUGCGCCAAGGCAACUAAUUGGGCUCUGCCCGAGGUCAGCUCGGCCCUUUUCGUUGGACAGUACAGUGAGGAGGUUAUUGGACACGCGAUCCGACGGGCCGAGGAAAUGUUCGAAAACAUGAAGCAGCAUCUGAAACGGGCUCCGUCACUCCGAGGUGCGGCCCUAGUGCGACUCUCCCAGCUCAAGGUUCAGGCCAAGGUGUGGCCAACGUUGUUCAACCGGACGGAAAUCACCUCCAUAUUGGAUCAGAUUGAAAUUAGUUCCGACAAUUGGUUCGAAAAUGUGCUCAAAAUCUAUCAACUCAACAACAAUCGAUCGUCGGCGAGAAACGUCUCGGCGGAAAGCAUCCAUACUGCGUAUGCCUACCCGCAGAUCGCGAAAAUAUUCUACGACACCCUGAGCCACUCGAUCGUUGUCCCUCUGUCCGUCAUCCUGGUGCCGUACUUCAACCCGGUCCUACCGCAGUACCUUCACUACGCCACCCUUGGCACAGCUCUGGCCAAGGAAAUCCUCCGUUCCAUCACCAAAGCCUUCGAAACCAAGGUCAUGCAGUGCGUUCCCAACUCGGUGGACAUCUUCUCCAACUCCAGCCGCAUGGAUCUGCUCAUCUACUCGGGCGGGAUGCAAAUCGCCUACCACUCGCUCCUGUCCCUGUCCGGACCCAUCAAGGGCAUGAACCGCCUUCCGGGACUGAGUCUGACACCGCCGCAGAUCUUCUUCCUCAUGUCGGCCCAGGAGCUGUGCGCCGAGUCCGAAUACAGCGGCGUCGAUGUGCACUCGAAUGACUUCGAUGAAAUAUUGACGUGGUUAAUUUCGCAGGGCGGCAGCGCAUCGGACGUCUUUCAGUGCCACUCGAGCACAAUGCUGAGCUAUCAGAAGAACUGCGACAUCUGGUAGAUAGCGGCCACCCUUGUAGAUACGGGAUAGAGUAGAGGCCGAGGCUGUAGCAAUUACAUCAAAUCGUAGCGAUAUUGUGCGUCUUGUUCGAAACUAGACGCGUUGAUUGCGGUGCUGCGUGGCGAGAAGUGUCGCAAUUGGCGCCCAACAGUAUCGGAAUUUAUCGGAUUCUAGGAAUCUUUCACUACAUAUUGAGUAGGAAUUAGGCGUUUUAGAAUAAACCCAGCAAGAAGUAUUAUCUUGUUUCAAUUUAAGAUUAAGUAUAAAUUGAAAUUGGUGGACUUAGCGAAGAAAAAGAUUAAAUCUGUUCCCACCUGAUUUUUUUAGAAGGAUACUUUUCAAUACCGGUGCGUCAAUUAACUGAAAGAAAUUGAAAGUUUCUAGAAAUGUGCUUGUUUUAAUAGCGAAUUCAUACGCAUAUCUAUUUUACUAGAAUUAAAAAAUCAUUUAAGGGCCUUCCUCCGACAGAAGAAAUCAGUCCAUUGAUGGUAUUUGUGCUUUUACUCUAGAUCCUAGAUGGUUAUAUUUUGCGAAUUCUUCACAUACACACACAAAGUUCUAGUGUUAGUUGAUAUUAGCUACACAUAAUCUAAAAGCCAAGUUACUGUUAGAGAACAAGGUUGCGAAAAUUAUACACCCAAAAGCGUUGAUUUUUCGGUAGUUUUUACUGUGACAAUAGGUGCGAUGAAAUGUUUUAAAUGAACGUAAGGAAAUACCACUAGUUACUUGUUUAGAACCGACGGAUAUUCGAGCUAGGGAUACAAAUGACCACUGGAAAGCAUCAGAGCCUAUGUAUUCAGUAGCUGGACAUAGUGAAGUCGGUAAUGUUGUUACUAUACAUUGAUAUAUAUAUUGUACUGUUUUAUGAAGAAGUGGAGUUGCAGUUUUUAAAUGAAUCGUCAUUGAAACAGAGAUGUUUUAUAGAUCUAGGAACAUUACCCAAAUCGUCCCAAUCGUCUCACGGAGUCAACAAGUGUAUGCGAAGAAGUAUGCAAAGAAUACAAUUCUUUGCAGUAGAGGAUUGUUUAAGAAAUAGACUCAUAAUAAGAUAAUCAACCAAAGUUGCGUAGACGAUAUCCAAUUGUUACAAGGUAACACUUUUCUUCCCAUUUGAUGGACAGAAAUCUGGAAAAAUGUGUUUGAAGUCCUUAUCAAUGGUCGAAAACUAGUCGUAAUACAUAGCGAUAGUGAUGUGUCAUAGUUGUGAACGAUUUGAGAAAAAUGAAGUGUCCCUUAAAUUAGCAAAACAUAUGAUCAAAUGAUGAUGAUACUAAAGAAUCAUGGAAAUUGUCGAGAAUAAAUACCAACUUCGAUGGGAUUUUGCCCAAGUAUAAGCGCUAUGGGAAAUCCAGUCAGACAAGAUCAACGUAAUGCAUUUACACACUCAAAAGUAUUAUUACCCCGAAAUUAGUGAGAAUAGACUGUAAGCUCCAGCGUUUCUUUUAAGAAAACAAAAUAAGGUGUUGGAAAAUCAAAAUA